AUGAAUGGUUUUGCAACAGUUAAUCGAGGGAAGCUAUUUACUGCUGAAAAUUAUAAGAAAGGUACACGUAUAUGGUUGAGAGAUUCAGAAAAAGUUUGGAUAGGUGGUGAAUUAUUAGAUGACUUUAAGUUUAAUUCACGAAAUAAGGUACAGCUACAAGAUGGACAAGUGAUUGAAAUUAUGGUUGACGAAUCAGAAGAACUUCCAUUCUUACGUAAUCCAGAUGUGUUACUUGGUUGCGAUGAUUUGACAACAUUAAGUUAUUUGCAUGAACCUGCCGUUCUCAAUCAUCUUAGUUUUCGAUUUGUUAAACGAGAAGCAAUUUACACUUAUUGUGGUAUUGUUUUAGUAGCUAUUAAUCCGUAUGCAAAUUGUUCACAACUUUACGGAGAUGACGUUAUACAGGUAUAUCGUGGUGUUGGUAAACAAGUACGAGAACUUGACCCUCAUAUUUAUGCUGUCGCUGAAGAAGCAUUUUAUGAUUUAUCUAAAUUUGGUAAAGAUCAAUCUGUUAUUGUUAGCGGUGAAUCUGGUGCUGGCAAGACAGUUUCUGCUAAAUUUGUUAUGAGAUAUCUGGCAUCAGUGGCAUGUUCAUCAUCGAGCAAAUCAUACGGCAGUAAACCGGUGGCAGGUAUUGAGGAUCGUGUUCUGGCAUCAAAUCCAAUAAUGGAAGCAAUCGGAAAUGCGAAAACAAUUCGAAAUGAUAAUUCUUCUCGUUUUGGAAAAUAUAUACAAAUUGAUUUCAAUGAUCAUUUCGGUAUUGCUGGUGCUGAGAUGAGAACUUAUUUGUUGGAAAAAAGUCGUGUCGUAUUUCAGGCAGAAAAUGAACGCAACUACCAUAUUUUUUAUCAGAUUUGCGCAUCACGAUCGCAUGCUCUUUUGAAAGACCUUAAACUAGGUGAUUGGCGUUCAUAUUUUUAUACGUGUCAAGGAAACAGCGGUGAAAUAGAAACAGUUGACGAUCAGAAUGAUUUCCUACAAACGCUGGCUUCUCUUGAUCUUCUUCGAAUUUCAACGGACACUCAAAAGUCGAUACUUCGUUUGUUUGCGGGUCUUCUUCUGUUUGGCAAUAUAAGAUUUGCUGAUAGAUCCAAUGAAUGUACAAAAAUUGAUCAAAGUAGUUCCGAUACAAUCAGUCAACUGUGUGAAAAGAUGUACGAAAUAAACGAAAACGAUUUAUGCAUGUGGUUAAUUGUUCGCGAAAUUAUUGCUGGAGGUGAAUCUGUUCGGAAACCACUGACUACUGCUGAAGCAGUAGAACGCCGGGAUGCGUUAGUUAAGAUUCUUUAUGCCGCAGCGUUUUCUUGGAUAGUUAAAAAAGUAAACGAAGCUUUGGGAGAACAAUUGAAAAACAAUAAAUCAAAGAACACUAAACGGUUCAUUGGAGUUCUCGACAUAUAUGGAUUUGAAACUUUGGAAGUUAACAGUUUCGAACAGUUCUGCAUUAAUUAUGCGAAUGAAAAACUUCAACAACAAUUUUGUCAGCAUGUAUUUAAACUUGAACAGUCGGAAUAUGAACGAGAGGAGAUUGACUGGAUACGGAUUGAUUUUUACGACAAUCAGCCAUGUAUUGAUUUGAUAGAAGGUAGACCUGGCAUCAUUGAUUAUCUUGACGAGCAAUGCAAGAUGGGUCAGGGAACUGAUCGAGAUUGGUUAGAAAAAUUACGAACAUGCCAAAUGCUCAAAAAAGCGCAACAUUUCCAGUUACCGAAGAUAAAAAAUCCAACAUUCAUAAUCAGACAUUUUGCUGCCGAUGUUACUUAUAAUGUGGAUGGUUUCUUGGCGAAGAAUAAGGAUACAAUAAGUCAACAAUUAAUAGCAGUUAUGAAGAAUAGCAAGUUUGACUUAAUGCGUGAGAUACUGGAUGUCGAGAAUGACAAAAAGCCAUUCGGACGUGGGACCAACUUUCUUAUACCCAAUACCGAGCAUUCCAUGAAGAAAUCCGUCUCUUUCCAGUUUCGUGAUUCAUUGCGUGACUUAAUGGCAGUUCUAAGUACCACACGGCCACACUACGUACGUUGCAUCAAGCCAAAUGAUGAGAAAUUACCAUUUACAUUCACACCUAAACGAGCUAUUCAACAGCUUCGAGCUUGCGGAGUUCUUGAAACGGUGCGUAUAUCAGCUGCCGGAUAUCCUUCAAGAUGGAUGUAUGAAGAUUUUUCUCGGAGGUACCGAGUUCUUUAUCCAGAAAAGAAGUUAUGGCUAGAAGAGCCAAGAAUUUUUGCAGAAAAAGCAUGUAGUAAAUAUCUUGAGAAUAAAAUGUAUGCUUUGGGUAAAACAAAGGUAUUCUUUCGAACUGGACAGGUAGCUUUAUUGGAAAGAAUACUUCACGAAAAAUUAGCAAAUUCAACAAUAAUGAUUCAGAAGAUUUGGAAAGGUUACAUUUGUCGAAAAAAAUAUCAAAAUAUCAAAGAAUCAUUACUGAAAAUUCAGCUUUAUUCGCGUGCAUUCCUAAUGUACAGACGCAUGAAAUAUAUUCAAAUGUAUCGUGCUGCAGUUUGCAUACAAACUGCAUUUCGUCGCUACACAGCACAGCAUCGUUACACAUUACUGAAAGCAGUUAUUAUCAUGAUACAAACUCAUUAUCGAGCAUCGCUUAUACGUCAAAAAAUAGAAAAGUUACGGCACGAGCAGAAAGCAAUCGUAAUUCAAAAAUAUUGUCGUGGCUGGCUAGUGAGGCGUCAUCAGAUCGAUCAUAACAAAAAGAUCGUCAUGAUACAAUGUCAAGUGCGACAAUGGCUUGCAAGGAGGCGUCUACGUGAAUUGAAGAUUGAAGCUCGAUCUGUUGGACAUUUGCAGAAACUAAAUAAAGGCCUUGAAAAUAAGAUCAUUUCGUUGCAGCAAAAACUCGAUUUCAUGACUGCAGAAAAUGGUCGAUUAUGGACAAUUUCAGCAGAAGCUGAUAAAAUGCGGGUAGAAAUGGCAAAUUUGGAGACACAAAGAUGUGUACUGCUGGCUACCAAAGCACAUGCGGAAGAUUUGGAAGCAAAAGUGAAAUUAUUAGAAGCUAGUCGGAAAGAAGAAGCAGCAAAGAAUAUUAAAUUAGAGGAAGAACUACAAAAUACGAAAGAUAGAUUGAAAAUGGAAUUUGAAGAAACAAUUGCGAAAAUAAAUGCUUUGAACACUGAAUUGUCAAAUCUUCGUACUCGUUACAAUAAUUUAAUGAAGCAGAAGAAAUUGGUGGAUGUUGAAUUAGCUAAAGAGAAGAACCGUUACUUGGCAUCGGAACAAGAAAUAUCACAGAUGCGUGAACAGUUGCUUGCAAAUGCUAAUCUUUUAGCUAGUCCAGCAUUAAGUCGAACUGGAAGCAUGCGACUUACACAAAAAAAUUUGAAUCAAUCAAUUUUGAUCGGUGAUACAAAUGGCAAAAUAGUUACCAUUGGUUUAGACAGUAAUGAGAUUGAUGAAGUGGUCCUUAUAUUGAAGCAACAACAUGUUAUUAAUUCUCUUCGCUCCAAAAUGGAGCAGAUUUCAAGAGAAAACGAUCGUUUGAAAUCAAUAAUGGAUGCUAAUUUGCUGGUUGAAAAUUUAGAUAAGCGAAUUGCUAUGAAAGCUUUUGAUGCUCAGCGAAUGCAAGAACUUGAAUUGGCAUAUAAGAAGCUUAAAGACGAAGUGGAACGAUUACUUGAAGAGAAAGUGCAAAAUGGCUCUGAAGCAAUGAAUUUUCGAUCAUUUGUUGAAAAAAUAGUAGAAGAAAAUGAUAGGCGUCGAGAAGAAGCUGUUGAAUUACGAGCCAUAUUGGCUGCACGAUUUGAACAACGAGCUCAAGUUUCAAAUUCAUCACGUCCAGAUGGUGACCAAUGGUCUAGCACACAAAGCGAUGAUAGUUUCUGCAGUGAUUUGGAUGAAGAAUUGAACUUAGGAAGACAAUGUCGCCAGUUGAAGUUACAUAUACAAAUGCUUUCGCGAACAAUCACUGAAAGGAAUGCAGAAAUUGAGCGAUUGGAACAGCGUUUAAAUGAAUUCACAACUUCAAAGGUAAGCAAACAUUUAGAAUUUUAA